GUGGUAAACAGUUUUCACGGAUGGACAGUCUUCAAAUACACACGAGAGUUCACACCGGAGAGAAGCCAUAUUGCUGUAAUGAAUGUGGUAAACAGUUUUCACGUAUAAGCAGUCUGAAGGACCACACUAGAGUUCACACUGGAGAGAAGCCAUAUUGCUGUAAUGAAUGUGGUAAACAGUUUUCAGUGACGAGCAGUCUACAGCAACACACUAGAGUUCACACCAGAGAGAAGCCAUAUUGCUGUACUGAAUGUGGUAAACAGUUUUCAGUGACGAGCAGUCUACAGAAACACAAGAGCGUUCACACCGGAGAGAAGCCAUAUUUUUGUAAUGAUUGUGGUAAACAGUUUUCACGGAUGGACAGUCUUCAAAUACACACGAGAGUUCACACCGGAGAGAAGCCAUAUUGCUGUAAUGAAUGUGGUAAACAGUUUUCACGUAUAAGCAGUCUGAAGGACCACACUAGAGUUCACACUGGAGAGAAGCCAUAUUGCUGUACUGAAUGUGGUAAACAGUUUUCACAAAAAGGCCAUCUUCACAGACACAUGAGAGUUCACACUGGAGAGAAGCCAUAUUGCUGUAAUGAAUGUGGUGAACAGUUUUCAGAGACAGCAGUCUACAGAAACACACAAGAGUUCACAGUGGAGAGAAGCCAUAUUGCUGUACUGAAUGUGGUAAACAGUUUUCACAAAAAGGCCAUCUUCACAGACACAUGAGAGUUCACACUGGAGAGAAGCCAUAUUGCUGUAAUGAAUGUGGUAAGCAGUUUUCACAGACGAGCAGUCUACAGAAACACAUGAGAGUUCACCGGAGAGAAGCCAUAUUUUUGUAAUGAUUGUGGUAAACAGUUUUCACGGAUGGACAGUCUUCAGAUACACACAAGAGUUCACAACAGAAUAAAAAAGUUAGCAGUUCAAAAAUCAGUCCAGAAAAAAAAGAACCUUUCAGGACUCGAGUGACGUUCAGUCAUGUCCUGAAAGUAAGCAAACUAAACUAUUGUUGAUAAAUGAAUCUCAUAGAGAAGCCAUAUUGCUGUUUGGAAUGUGGCAAACAAAUCUGUCAGAGCAGUACACUUCAGAGACGGACCAGAAUUCACACCGGAGAGAAAUACAACUGAACUGUUCUGACUAAAGAGUGAGGUUCACUCCUGCCUGGAUAGUAAGCACAUGGAGGAGAAAUAGAAGUUUAUAUCCUUUUUCCUUUUCCAGAAACAAAAUAAAGAACAGGGCGUCACAAAAACGGCUUCUCGCCAAAGCCCCUACAGCCUCCACUGUGUGCCUAC